CACACUCGUUCGCGCGCUCUCGUCCAGCACGCACGUGUCCGCGCUUCGCCGGCUCCAGCACUUAAGCCGCAACCCCACGUGAGUGUCCCCGUUCCGCCUCCGCUCCUGCUCCCGCCGCCGCUCGAUUUUGAAAGACCUGGACAAUUUAUCAGCAAAGCAGCGCAACGAGUGACGAUAUAAACACACAAACACAUACACACACGACCAUGAGAACGUCCCUAUUCCUGGCGGGCGCUUGCGCCUUGCUGCUGUCCAUCAGCGCCGCCCCCGCCCCCGAACCCGCGCCAGCGCCCGAACCAGCGGCCGCCGCAUCUGCCAUCAACGACAACACGCCCGAAAUCAUCGAGAUUAUUGCUCCCGCCGCCAGUGCACAGGAGACGCUGUCGACGCUAAACCUCGGCGCGCCAGGCGCAGAGCUCAGCGAACGUAACAAGCGCACCAUCGGUAUCUUGCGGCAGCUCUUCCCUACGCUAACGCAGAUUAUCGAACAGAAGGUGCAGCAGAUCACUAGCGUGGUACUGCAAACGUUCGGACCUGUGGUUUUACGCGCCUUCCUGGGCAAUCGUAACGGCGGCGGUGGCGGCGGCAUGGAGGGCGGCGGCGGUGGCUCCAUCGAGCUCGACGAUGAUGACGAUGACGACGAAGCUACGACUACAACAACAACCACUACCGCUGCUCCUGACGCGCCUGAGCGCCGUCGUCGGCGCUGGGCGCUAGUCUACCGCCCGGAGGUGCCGGAGCAGCAGCAGAACUUACUAUCGGGCGCCGAGUCCCAGCAAGCGGAGGUCCGGGUAGCUUUCGGCGAACAACAGCAGCAGGCGCUCGAUCACCGCUCUGACGAAGACCAACAAACUGCCGCUCAGACCAACAACGCUGCCAUUGAUGAAAUCACGCUCGAUGAUGCUGAUAACAGUGAAGAAAACAGAAAUAAGAGAUUCCUAAGCUUCGGUGGCUCGUCGGGCGGCCAGAGCAACGCCGGCGGCGGCUCUGGAAACUUCCUGUUCGAUAUCGUCAGGCUGGUAGCCGGGUCCUCGGGUGGCUCGUCGGGCGGUGGCGAAGCUAUUGGGGGAGGCUCCGACAGCGAAGGAGACGAUAGUGCCGCUAAGGGUGACAACCUCACCGAGGGUGUCCCCGGCCCCAUCACGCGGUUAUUCAUCAUCGCCAACCGCGGCAUCGCCAACCUGAUCCAGGACCUCAUCCUGAGACUGGCACAGACCUCAGAGCGAAUAGUCAACUUCAAGGCGCGAUUGAUCACCUCCAUCAUCUAACCGCCUCACGCGUAGAACAAUGCUAGUGUACUAGUGUAGUGCGCGAACGCCGCGCAGGGAGCCAGGGACUGACGAGCCAGGGAACGAGCGCCGCGCCCGUGCAGCGCCGGCGCCAUCGCCACGCUCUCUCUUUACUCCGGCGCUGGCGCCUUUCCCGACCCUUGAUCCCCCUAGAAUAAGAAACCACCGAACCUCGAGACAAUGUUUCUCAAAUCCCAAUAAUAUGUAGAUUAUUUAAGCAGCUUUUCAUUUUUCGAGACAUGUAAUUGCAGUGUAAAUAAUAUGUAGCUAUAAAUUAAUGUUAUGCUUUAUUUCGUUUCUCUAUUACACAUUUCGAAAAAGCUGUGAUUGAAAAUAUUAAAAGUGAAGUAACAUUUGUCAAGAUAGCUGACGUUGUUGAUGACAUAUGAAAUUGUUAUUUACUUUAGUAGUGGAGAGAAGAACUUUUAGUGUGGUACAUAAUUCUGAAGAAAAGUUCCUAAUUGCUUUCCGUGGCCACUGGCGCCACCAACGUUAGGACACCCGUCCUUGAAGUUGACGCUCUUCAUAUUUAUUACUCCGCUGCACGCUAAGCACCGCGUAUGCGCGAGCGCUGGUUCCCUGGCUCUUAUCUAGAUAGACGCGGUGCGCCGGCCCCCGGGGCCGCUGAUCUGCUCAAGCUUUUUUUACCUAAAGUGACAAUGUCCAAUUCGUUUUUAUGUUUGUAAAUAUGUAUUAUAGCGGAAUUUGUGUAAAAUAAAUUUAGUUAGUUACAAAA